CCCGGUCCCGCGCCAUGGGGGUCCCGGCCUUCUUCCGCUGGCUCAGCCGCAAGUACCCCUCCAUCAUCGUCAACUGCGUCGAGGAGAAGAAGCCGCAGCAAGCUUCGGGAGCGCAGCUGCCUGUCUUGGAACGAGUGAGAAAACGCCAAGGAAGUGGUUUAAAGCAGCCUGAGGGUCUGGAAGCUCCUCAGCCUCCCUGUUUCCAGGCGGAUCCUGCUCCAGGGAUGGGCAGCACAGGGAGGCAGGGCGGGAAGGGGACUUUGGAGGGGGAGCUGAGCUGUGCCUUGGAGCUGCAGGGGGUUCUUGGGAUACCCACAGGCGCUUCCCCGCUUCCUCGGGCUCUCAGCCUCCUGACGCUUGCGUAAUCCCCACAGCCGCGUCAUUUGCGGGUCUUACUCGUUGUUCUGCAGCUCCCUGCUUUUCCCUGGGGCUUUAUUGUUUGGAGAAUCGCCCCAAGCCUGGAAUGUCACGCUGCAUCCGAGCAGGUGCUGGCGCUCUGUAACCUGGAGCAGCCUCAGGGCAGGGUUUGUCUUGUUGCUGGUGUGUUCUAGCCCAGGAUAAACAUCUCCUGGCCAGACAGGGAGCUGGUUGUUCCAAAGGCAUCCUCUGAAACCUGGCUUGCCGUAGCAGCAGGAGGAGGUUUCGGUGAAGGCUGUGGCACAGCCUUGCUGCAGGGUCCCACAGGUGCCUUUCCAGGCAGUAUUGCAGCUGAGAUGAUGUUCGUUUACGUGGGUUUUUGUGGGCUGGUUCCUUCAGGCACAUCCCUGCAGCCGCGGGAGUGUUGUGCCAUCCUGUGGGACACGGUGGGAGGGGACAGGGAGGAUGGCAGUGGGGGGGUCUCCCUUGGAUUUACUGUGCCCUGAGCAUGGCAAGUUCUCCUCCUCAGGGCUAACUCAGGGUGUUUCUGAGAAGGCAAGCUCUGGAGUUCCUGCUUCCCAAACUGCUCCUCCAAAUAAUUUGUGUUCUCUUUUGUUGGGUUGUACCGGCUGCGUUCUGCCCUUCCCGAACACUGCUUUGCAGAGUUCAGAGCUUGUGCCAGGGCUUCUGCCUCUCUGCUCCUCCUUCCAAGGUGUGCCUCCCCUUGGGGAAAUGCCUGGAAAGGAGAUGAAGUGUGGGAGCUUCACGGUGGAGGAGAUGGGGGAAAAGAGGGCAAAGGGAUGGAAUUCCAUGUGGAGGCUGCGGAGGUGCCCGGCCUGCCUGCAGCAGGAUGUUCAGCUCCGUGCUUCCCCAGGGCGCUGCCGUGCUUCGGGUUCAGGCAGCGAAACAGAGGAGGUUUGGCUAAAAUUGUCAGUUGCUCUUGUGGUUUUAUUGCAGCUGUGAUUUCAGCCCCUCUCAGCAAGCUGGGAGGUUUAUCUUACCUGUCCCUGCAAGAAGUGAAUUUUUAAUGGGGGAUAAUUAAGAUCUAAGAAUCUAUCUGGAAAUUUUUAUAGAAAAAAGAGGGGGUUGUGGGCUUUACAGUUUUUUCCCUUAAUGCUGAGCUCCAGCAGCGCUGGCUCUGCUGGUCUCUGCACCAGACUCCUGGGUUGUGUCAUCCCUGCUGUGAGCUGUCCUGAGGCUCUGAGAAGCCCCGGUGCGGGGGCUGUGGUGGUGAUCCAGCUGUUCCUGGAUAAAACCCUUCCAGACCCGUCACCUGAGAGCAGCCAGCAUUUAAGCAGCAGUUACAACCGUAACAGGCCAAAGAGUGCAAUGGUGUCAAGGUCCCCAUCGACACGAGCAAAGCCAACCCCAACGAGGUGGAGUUCGACAACCUCUACCUGGACAUGAACGGCAUCAUUCACCCCUGCACGCACCCAGAGGACAAGCCGGCGCCCAAAAACGAAGAUGAGAUGAUGGUGGCGAUUUUUGAGUACAUCGACAGGAUCUUCAACAUUGUGAGACCCAGGAGACUCCUUUACAUGGCCAUAGAUGGAGUGGCUCCACGUGCCAAAAUGAAUCAACAGCGGUCCAGGAGAUUCAGAGCCUCAAAGGAGGGCAUGGAAGCUGCUGAGGAGAAGCAAAAAAUCCGACAAGAAAUUCUGGCCAAAGGUGGCUUUCUGCCUCCAGAGGAGGUGAAGGAGAGGUUUGACAGCAACUGUAUCACCCCGGGAACCGAGUUUAUGGACAAUCUCGCUAAAUGCCUCCGCUAUUACAUCGCCGACCGCCUGAACAGCGACCCGGGCUGGAAGAACCUGACAGUUAUUUUGUCGGACGCCAGUGCUCCUGGUGAAGGGGAACAUAAAAUCAUGGAUUACAUCAGGAGGCAAAGAGCACAACCAAACCACGACCCGAACACUCACCACUGUCUGUGUGGGGCUGACGCUGAUCUGAUCAUGCUUGGCUUAGCUACACACGAACCAAACUUCACCAUCAUUAGGGAAGAGUUCAAACCAAAUAAACCCAAGCCGUGUGCUCUCUGUAACCAGAUGGGGCAUGAGGUUAAGGAUUGCCAAGGUCUGCCCAGAGAAAAACAAGGAAAGCACGAUCAGUUCGCUGACACUCUGCCGAUGUCGGAACAGGAAUUCAUCUUCAUCCGCCUGUGUGUCCUGCGAGAGUAUUUGGAGAGAGAGCUCACGAUGGCCAGCUUGCCUUUCACCUUUGAUUUUGAAAGGAGUGUUGAUGACUGGGUCUUCAUGUGCUUCUUUGUGGGGAACGACUUCCUCCCUCAUCUGCCAUCUCUGGAGAUCAGGGAGGGAGCGAUCGAUCGCUUGGUUAACAUCUAUAAAAACGUGGUGCACAAAACUGGGGGCUACCUCACUGAAAGUGGGUUUGUGAACCUGCAGCGGGUCCAGAUGAUCAUGCUGGCUGUUGGGGAGGUUGAAGACAGUAUUUUCAAAAAGAGGAAAGACGACGAUGAUAACUUUAAAAGACGGCAGAAAGAGAAAAGGAAAAGAUUGAAGAGGGAUCAGCCUUCCUUUAUUCCUGGUGGCCAGUUUUCCCCUCAAGCCCUGGGAAAUCGAUCCAGCCCGCAGGCAAUCAGUAACCCUCGACAAGCUGCCUUUGAGAUGAGGAUGCACGACAGGCAGAACUCUACAACUUCAGCAUCUCCAAACACCAGCCUGACUCCUGAUGGCAGCCCGUCCCUGGGAGGAGGAAUUAAGCGGAAAUCUGAGGAUAGCGACAGUGAACCUGAGCCAGAGGAUAAUAUCAGGUUGUGGGAAACCGGUUGGAAGCAGCGCUACUACAAAAACAAAUUCGACGUGGACGCGUCAGAUGAGAAAUUCCGUCGCAAGGUUGUGCAGUCCUACGUGGAAGGGCUUUGCUGGGUUCUCAGAUACUACUAUCAGGGCUGUGCAUCCUGGAACUGGUAUUACCCUUUCCACUACGCUCCCUUUGCCUCGGACUUCGAGGGAAUUGCAGACAUGCCCUCAGACUUUGAGAAGGGCUCCAAACCGUUCAAGCCUCUUGAACAGCUGAUGGGGGUGUUCCCGGCCGCCAGUGGGAAUUUUCUGCCGCCGACGUGGAGGAAGCUCAUGACAGACCCGGAAUCAAGCAUCAUUGACUUCUACCCUGAAGAUUUUGCUAUCGAUUUGAAUGGGAAGAAGUACGCUUGGCAAGGUGUGGCGUUGUUGCCCUUUGUGGAUGAGCGGCGCCUCAGAGCUGCCCUGGAGGAAGUGUACCCUGACCUCACUCCUGAAGAGAGCAGAAGGAACAGCCUUGGCGGUGACGUUCUCUUUGUUGGGAAGCACCAUCCGCUCUGUGACUUCAUUGUGGAACAGUACAAGACCAAAAACACAGAGGCAGUGGAUAUCCCGCCGGAGCUGUGCCACGGGAUCCAGGGAAAGCUCACGCUGAACGACAACGCCGUCCUCCCGGAUCAGGUGGUGGAGUCUCCUGUUCCCAUGCUGCGGGACCUUACGCAGAACUCUGCAGUCAGCAUCUCCUUCAAAGACCCACAGUUUGCUGAAGACUUUGUUUUCAAGGCUACCGUGUUACCUGGGGCAAAGAAACCUGCUCCCGUUCUGAAGCCAGGAGACUGGGAAAAAACCAACAGUGAUGGCAGGCCUUGGAGGCCGCAGCUUGGCUUCAACAGGGACAGGAAACCAGUGCACUUGGACCAGUCGGCGUUCAGAACCUUGGGCCACACGAUGCCGAGGGACCGGGGCAUGCCAGGCAUGUAUCCCAACGCCGUGCCGCUCGGAGCUUACGGCAGCCCCUACGCCAGGCCCCUCAUGGGCGGGCAGCAGCAGAUCCCCAAACUGCUCUCAAAUCUUCGACCCCAGGAGUCCUGGCGAGGUCCCACGCCCUUGUUCCAGCAGACGCCGCAAAGGGCUGCCGGAGCCGCUCCUCUCCUUGCCUGGAACCGCAUGCUGCAAUCCCCAAAUCAGUUCCAGCCGGCCCAGUACCAGGGGCUGGGACCCAUGGGAUACCCACAGCGACCCGAGGAUCGCAUGGACAGGGGCAGACAGGCGUACGGCCCCGGGAGGCCCUACCCGCUCCCACCUCCCGCAGGAAGGUACAGCUGGAAUUAGCUCCUGCCUCCUGGGUAUUUUUUUAAAAAACAUGGAAAACGUCCGAAUCUUCUUGCUUUUGUUCUUUCUAUUAUUUGUGGGGUGAGGGGGGAAAAAAACCUAAGUCGUUGAGCGCCAUCCCUGUAGUUUUUAAACCGAUGCCUGUUUUAAAUGUGCCCAUUUCUUACGGAUGAUUUUUUGGGAGGGACGGGAAAGAGCGGACUGCCGUGGGGCGAGGUGGGAGCGCUGUGUUUGUCCUCCCUACCACGGACCCAAGCUGUGCCGAGCGCUGCCUGCCACUCUGAGCUCCAGACGUCCUCUACUCCGCACACAAGAGCCUGAAAACAGAGCCGGAGUUGGAAAGAAUGCCCAGAAAUGGGAUUUUAUGAACUCCCGGGGCAGACCCAGCAGGCAGCCGGCGGCGCUGAAAGGCACGGCCCUCGCUGCUCCUUGUCAGACGCUUCCUUCAGUUCCCCGCAGAGAAGGGGUUUUUCGGACUCUGAAGUAAAACAUUUGAACUCCUCCAGCACGUGCCUGUUCCUGGCGUGGGUUUUGUCGUGGCAUAACCAGGCGGCGGCCGUGGAUUUGUCUAUUUGGUACCUAAUUUAAAAUAGCUGCGAAGGGCAGAGGUUCCAGUCGUUUUUAGCACUCUUUCCAGGGGUUUUCUGUGUAAGUGUACCAAAUCAGUAAAUAUUUUUAUUUGCUUUAUAAAGUGGCUUUUGAAAUUCUGA